UGAGCGCAUAUGGUUUGAGAAUAUCCUUAUUCGAUCGUGCGGUGUAUAUUUUUAAGUUAUUCGAUGCCUCGUGUGUGAUAUUUCAUCUCUUAUAUUUGUAAACAUCAAUAUUGAUUUAACAUAGCCAGCAUGCCUCCUAAGAAGGUUGAAGAACCUGAACGGAAGCCACUCAUUGGCCGAGUGGGUACGAAUCUGAAGAUUGGUAUCGUUGGAAUACCCAACGUUGGUAAAUCUACAUUUUUCAACGUCCUGACAAAGAGUCAAGCUGCUGCUGAGAACUUCCCUUUCUGCACUAUUGAUCCAAAUGAAAGUCGUGUACCAGUCCCAGACGUCAGGUUCGACUACUUGUGCGAAUACUUCAAACCAGUGAGUAAAGUACCAGCUUUUUUGAAUGUAGUUGAUAUUGCGGGACUCGUAAAAGGUGCUGCUGAAGGACAAGGUUUAGGAAAUGCAUUUCUUUCUCACAUAAAUGCUUGCGACGCAAUCUAUCAUUUGACCAGAGCUUUUGAGGACGAUGAUGUAACUCACAUUGAAGGAGAUGUCAAUCCAGUAAGAGAUUUGGAGAUUAUUAGUGAAGAAUUACGAUUAAAAGAUGUCGAAAUGUUGAAUGCACAUCUUGAGAAAUUAGAAAAAUUAGUCGUUAGAGGUAAUGACAAGAAGCUGAAACCUGAAUAUGAUACUCUCCUUAAGGUAAAAACAGUUUUAGUAGAAGAAAAGAAUCAAAUUAGAUUUGCUGAUUGGUCUGCAGCUGAUAUUGAUGUUCUCAACAAAUAUUUAUUCCUCACAGCGAAGCCAGUAAUUUACUUGGUAAAUCUCUCUGAAAAGGACUAUAUUCGUAAAAAAAAUAAAUGGUUGAUAAAAAUAAAAGAAUGGGUUGACAAAAAUGAUCCUGGAGCUCAAUUGAUCCCGUUCAGUGGAAUAUUCGAAAAUAAAGUAAUCGAUAUGACUGAAGAUGAACGAAAGAAGUACUUUGAGGAACAUAAAGUUACAAGCGCAUUGGAGAAAAUCAUAGUUCAAGGAUACAAAGCACUGCAGUUGCAAUACUUUUUUACUGCUGGACCUGAUGAAGUAAAAGCUUGGUCUAUUCAGAAAGGAACAAAAGCUCCUCAAGCCGCAGGACGGAUCCAUACUGAUUUUGAAAAAGGCUUUAUCAUGGCAGAAGUAAUGAAGUUCGAAGACUUCAAAAAUGAAGGCUCUGAAGCAGCAGUUAAGGCAGCUGGAAAGUACAGACAACAAGGUCGACAUUAUGUAGUUGAGGAUGGCGAUAUUAUAUUGUUCAAGUUUAAUGCUGGUGCAGGAUUGAAAGAGGGAAAGAAAAAGUGAUAACACGCCCAUUUGAUUUUACUGCUUAUGAGUCUGUAUAUCGACAUAAUUUAAUUUUUGCAGUAUAAAGUAUAAUGAGUGCAUUACUUAAAUGAUUCCUAAAAAUUCAUUUUUAAUAUAUAAAAUAUUGUCAUCAUCAUCAUGUUUUAUAAAAAUUACCAUGCUUUCUCAGA